GAUUUGAUGUCUCUGAUUGUCCCGUUGAAAUUCAAGUAAGACACUCCAAGUACAAAAUUAAUGUCGAGAACUCUUUGAUUAUAGACUGUCCAUUUCUUUACUGCAAGAAAAAGCCAGUCAUGCAGUGGUGCAAGCUAGAGGUGACUACACGUGUGCAGCUGAAGGAGGGCAAAGCAGAACGGAAGUCCAAAGUGUUUACUCUGGAGAUUUCCUUAGUUCAUCAGCAUGAUAGUGGACUUCAUCGCUGUCAAGCAGUAGGGGACAACUUUUCCAGUGAGAGCCAUGGGAUAAAGGUUAUUGUUGAAGAUACCAUCACCAUCUCAGAAGAGUCUCAAGAAUCUGGAAACUACAAGAUAUUUCACAUUACUUAUGCUUCAGCAUCUAUGGGUUUAUGUUGUCCAUUCAUCAUUGUAUGCAUGUUUUGGUGGAGAUACCACG